CCCGGGCGCUUCCAGCUCGGAGCGCGGUGGCGGCUGGAACUGCAGGGGUGGGAAGGCAGCGUGCGAGCGGGAUCCCGAGCCGCGGAGCGCGCUGCCCCUCUCUCCGCCGCGGAUGACUCGGGAGCUCGGGUCCAAGUGGCGCCCAGGCAGCAUCCCUGCCCUCAGCCGUCCGAAGAGAGUUGACGAUAAAACACUUAAAAGUCUCCGCUGCGGGAAGCCAUGAGCUGUCUGGAUGUUAUGUACCAAGUCUAUGGUCCUCCCCAGCCUUACUUCGCAGCCGCCUACACCCCCUACCACCAGAAACUAGCCUAUUAUUCCAAAAUGCAAGAAGCCCAGGAGUGCAACGCCAGCCCCAGCAACAGCAGCGGCAGUGGCAGCUCCUCCUUCUCCAGCCAAACUCCGGCUAGUAUAAAAGAAGAAGAAGGCAGCCUGGAGAAAGAGCGCCCACCAGAGGCGGAGUACAUCAACUCCCGCUGCGUCCUUUUCACCUAUUUCCAGGGAGACAUCAGCUCCGUUGUAGACGAGCACUUCAGCAGGGCCCUGAGCCAGCCUAGCAGCUAUUCCCCAAGCUGUACAAGCAGCAAAGCCCCGCGGAGCUCCGGGCCCUGGCGGGACGGCUCCUACCCCAUGAGCCAGCGCAGCUUCCCCGCCUCCUUCUGGAACAGCGCUUACCAGACGCCGGUGCCCGCACCGCUGGGCAGCCCACUGGCCGCAGCGCACUCGGAGCUGCCCUUCGCCGCCGCCGCCGCCGCCGCCGACCCCUACUCGCCGGCCGCGCUGCACGGCCACCUGCACCAGGGCACGGCUGAGCCCUGGCACCACGCGCACCCGCACCACGCGCACCCGCACCAUCCGUACGCGCUGGGCGGCGCCCUCGGAGCCCAAGCCGCCGCCUACCCGCGGCCCACCGCCGUGCACGAGGUCUACGCGCCGCACUUCGACCCGCGCUACGGGCCGCUGCUGAUGCCCGCCGCCUCCGGGCGUCCGGCCCGCCUCGCGCCCGCCCCGGCCCCCGCGCCCGGCAGCCCGCCCUGCGAGCUCUCCGCCAAGGGCGAGCCGGCCAGCGCCGCGUGGGCCGCGCCCGGGGGACCCUUCGCGAGCCCCGCGGGGGACGUGCCCGGGGGUCUGGGCCUCAGCAUGGACUCAGGUUUGCAGCCUCAGGACAAAAGCAAGGAUCUGUACUGGUUUUAGACAGCCCACCUUCUUCCCUGUAGGUCUCUGCAUAGCGCAAUUGGUGACAUUCAGAGCUGAAAUCAAGUGGGUUUGUAACAGCUUCUGAUCUUGGUUUGCAGCUCGUCGUUACUCCCUCUGUGGUGCAUCCCUCCUGAGCUGAUCUGCUGACCUUCCCCUUGCCCCUUCCCUUCUGACCAGCCUUGGAGGCUCAGCAUCUGUGCCUCUCACUUCAUGGAUGAGGACAUAGGGGAAGGCAGAGACUUCAAACUGCUCCGUGUAUCGGGAGAACCAAAACACACGCGACCGAGUUUUCAUCUAAAAAGAAUGCCUUCUGCCAAAAGAGCAGACCCAGAGACUCUGAAUGACGCUCAAUGACUUUUGGACAAAUCACUGGAACUAUCCGUGGUGAGAUCACUCAGGUGACAAGAUAUCAUGGUUUUCUUGGAAAGAAGGAAAGAAAAAGAGACAUUUUGGUGUGAAUAUUUUUUUAUGCUGGUGUGAAUCAUUUCAUUAAGUAGUGGGAUCACAGCACUGCUGACGUCAAUAUCCUCACAUUGAAAAUGUCUUUGUAUUUGCAUCGAAGACUAUAUGGUAGAGAAGUCAAAAGAAGCCAGUUCUUUCUUCCUCACCUGUAGCCUCCAGCUCCCUUCCUGCCCACUCCCUCCCUGCAACACCCACUCCAGACACAAAGACACACCUUUUCUUUCGGACUGUGAACAUAGAAGCCUCAGCCUGAAUGUGAGUGGCAAGUGGCUUAUCUGGAGCCACCUGCCCAAGUCUUACUGAAAUGCAGCUGUCGUAGGACAACUGUUUAAAACUCCAGAAAUACAUCGACCAAGGUGGCACUUCCCAGUGUUUGGCACAACAAUUGCAAUUGCGCUGGAUAUGUUUUAUACAUGUGUGUGUAUAUCAUAUUUUUUACAAAGGACAUUUUAUGAUGAAAGAAAAAACUCUCUCUGCCUUCUCUCCCACAAGUUCUGUCCCUCCCUCUAUCCUCCUCUGGAUGGGAGGAAAAAAAAUUAAGCCUCUAGAGACCCCAAUGGUCUCCCAAGAAGAACUAGGAAUCACCACAAGGGGAAGAGAUGUCCAUGGAGUCUUGGGUAUCUCAAAUAUUCUUCUCAGUCUCUAUGGUCAUGAUUUGACCCCUUCAGUAUUGGGACAGGGGAAGGGGUACAUGUGUGGGCAAAACUGAAGGUGAUGAGGAAGAAGAAACGAACAUUAAAGAUGUUUGUUUACCACUA